AUGUUAUUGUAUAUAUUUAUAGGAUUGCUUAUCCUGUUCAUCUACUUUACAUGUUUAAGAACUUAUAUCAAGUUGAUUUUAUUAAAAUUAACACUUGGAAAUAAAGCUAUUAUUAGAUUCUAUCCUUUAACAGGAGAUUUUGCAUAGAUACCAAAAUCAAACCGAAUAUAUGGAGAUGGGUUAAAACACUUUUAAAAAAGAGUAUUUGAUAACCCAAAUGUUAAAUUUGUAUUGAGUAAUCUGAUGCAUGAACCUUUGAUCGAGAUUUAUGAUCCGGAGUAUUAUAAAGAAGUAUUUAUCAACCAUGAAUUAUAUUAAAGAGCAGAUGUCUUAUAUCAUGAAAAAUUCACAUCAAGAGGAAUAUUAUAUUCUGAAGGAUAAAGAUUUAGAUAAUAGAGAUAAAUAUUGGGCAAUCAUUUCACCUAUGAUAAAUUGAAAGAAAGAAUGCCUAAAGUAAAUCAAGUUGUUAUUGAAAAAAUAAAAAAUUAAGAUAUCAACCAACUUCACCAGUUUUUAGUUGAUUUGACAACAGAAAUUGUUAUGAGAUCUUUCUUUGGAAGUGAAGCAUUGGAAUUUAAAUUAAAUGGCCAGAGUGUCCCAGCUGAAAUCUUAGAAUUGGACGAGGAAAUGGCUGCAUAAAAUCUUUUUAAUCCUUAUGUAGUUUUAAAAAGAUUGAUCUUUGGAAGAAAAGGAGAUAAAAUCCUUCCUAGUCCAGCAUAAAAACAUUUGAAUGAUAGAGUUGAUAGAUUAAUUGACUUUAUCAUCUCCUAAAUAAAUAAGAAAUUAUCUAACUAAUAGAAUAAAGGAGACUAUUUUCUAGAUAUUUAUGUUGAUGCUUACUUAAAAUAAGAAAAAGAAUUCUAAAUUGAAAUUUUAGAAAUAUGUUCCAUGUUUAUCACUAUGUUUGCCGCAGGCUCAGGUACAUCAGUCAAUGCUUUAACUAUGACCCUAUAUUUCUUAGGAUUGGAAUAGGAAGCAUAAUAAGAAAUUAGACAAUAAAUUGUGUAAGUUUUGAAUGGUCAAACAGAAGUGCUAGACAUACAUCUUUAAUAAUUAACUAAAUUAACAGCUUUCAUUUAGGAAAUGUUUCGCUUCAAGGCUCCCCUUUUUGCACCCUUUAUUAGAAAGGCUAAGAAGACCCAUUACAUUAAAAAUUUGAAAAUAGAAAAAGGCACUAAUGUACUUGUUCUAUUUGCUGCUCCUGGAUGGUCAAAUAAGCAUUAUGAUAACCCAGAAAAAUUUGAUUAUAAGAGAUGGUUGAAUGCAAACCCAAUUAAAGAAGAUAAUGGAUUUGUAUAUAUGCCUUUUUCAGCAGGUAUGAGAAAUUGCAUUGGUUAACAUAUGGCUUAAUUAAAUAUGAAAAUUAUCCUUAGUCAUAUAUUAAUGAACUAUAAAAUUACAUUAGAUCCUAAGUAGCAAGUUAGGUUCCCAAUAAACUUUUAGAUUGAUGUUGAACCAGGUAACAUAAUACAAUUUGAAAGAAUCAAAUGA